AUGAAACGGAUCUGCUCGUUUUCAAGUGUUAAACUUUUUUGUAGAAGUUUCAGAUCUUUAGCAGCAGCGCCACAAUCUUUAAACUAUCAUCCCUCGCAAUCACUCAAGCGUCGUGUAGUGUCAUCAUCACUUCGGAUGGAGAAAAAUGUCAACUUUUCUUCAACUGGUGCUAGUGCCAACAAUCCAAGAGGAGCAUUGAUAGUUCUCGAAGGUCUUGACCGCAGCGGCAAAUCAACUCAGUGCUCAAAGCUGCUCUCUUUCUUGAAAGCUUCAGGACAUCCCACCGAGCUCUGGAGGUUUCCCGACAGAGAGACGAGCGUGGGUCAGAUGAUCUCCGCAUAUCUCUCUAACAAGUCGCAGCUAGAUGAUCACACAAUCCAUCUCCUUUUCAGCGCCAAUCGUUGGGAGAAGAGGUCGUUGAUGGAAGAGAAGCUUAAAACAGGAACUACGCUAAUCGUUGAUCGUUAUUCUUACUCUGGCGUAGCGUUCUCGUCAGCGAAAGGUCUGUGUAUUGAUUGGUGCAAGGCGCCGGAGAUCGGGUUGCUGGCUCCGGAUUCUGUGCUUUACCUUGACAUUUCACCUGAGAGAGCUGCUGAGAGAGGUGGGUAUGGAGAUGAGAGGUACGAGCGAGUUGAGUUUCAGAGAAAAGUUGCAGACUUUUACCAAACUCUACGUGAUUCUUCUUGGAAGAUAAUCGAUGCAGGUGAAGCCAUGGAGGAAGUGGAGAAGAAGAUUCAAGAAGUGGUGCUUGAUAAAGUCAGGGAGUGUGCAACAGGAAAGCCUCUUUCACUCCUCUGGUCAUCUUGA